AUGUCCAGCGCAGCAAGCUCGAGCUCCUCGUCUUCUUCGGACUCGAGACCGUCGUCCCCACAUAUCUCUCGCAAACGCAAAAGAACCACGGCCGUCAAAGACGUCGCGUCCGAUGAUGAUAGCUCUGGAUCAGACGGCUCCGAUUCUGAGGUAGAUGAUGCGCAUGAAGAUGCGGUAAACGGCGAGGACUCCGACACCCCAGUGCUCUCUCAUGCAGAGAAGAGACGGCAGAAGAAGAAACAAAAAGGGGAAUCUAAAUCGGCGGAAGAACCUGCGAAGGCGUCCGGGAAGAAAUCAACAUCUGGGGACAAGUCGAAUUCUAAGCCAGAGAUCCCCCAGCGGCAGAACUCCGUCUGGGUCGGCAACCUCUCGUACAGAACAACGCCGCAGUCUAUUCGCGAUUUCUUCAAGGAUGUAGGCGAGAUCACGCGGGUACAUAUGCCCAUGAAGGCGGCGAAGGGGCCUGGUGGGACGAAGGAAAAUCGCGGGUUUGCGUAUGUAGAUUUUGCGUCGCCAGAUGCGAAGGUCAUUGCUAUCACGCUCUCCGAGCAGGAGCUGGAUGGUAGACGGUUACUGAUCAAGGACGGUGAUGAUUUCACCGGCCGCCCGACGCCAGCUUCAGGUCCCAACGCCGAGAGCCCCGCGGCCCCGGGCGCGACAACGAGCACCCACUCCCGCACCGCACAGAAAAUCCUCUCCUCCCAAAAGCAGCCCCCUGGCCCUACCCUGUUCCUGGGCAACCUCUCCUUCGAGACGACGGAGAAGUCGAUCCGGGAGAUGCUCGAAGCGCACCGGCCGCGCAGUAGCGACAAGGAAAAGGACAAGCCCGAAGAGAGCGGUUGGAUACGCAAAGUCCGUCUCGGGACGUUCGAAGACAGCGGGCACUGCAAGGGAUGGGCCUUCGUCGACUUCACGUCGACGGAGCAUGCUACUGCCGCGCUCACGAACCCGAAGAACCACCACCUCGACGGGCGGAAGAUCGUGGUGGAGUACGCCUCGCCCGACGCCGUCCGGCGGGGAGGUGGGCUCGCCCUCCUGGGGAAAAAAGACAAGUACUCGAAAGAAGGUAGAGAGUUCAAGGAGCGCAUCAAGGAGACCUUGCCAAAGAGGCACCACGCGAAACACGCUGUCGAUGAGGGGGGAGAUGCGGAGGGCGCUGACGAGGACACUGCUGAGCCUCCACCCCCCAAAGAGAAACGCGAGAAGAAAUCAGAUCCCAGAAAGAGCGGUAAGGACUCCAGACGAGAUUCCACUAGCCGGAAGGUCAGAGCCAAGCCCGGCGCAGCGCUCGCGCAGGCGCCGAGGGCGUCAGCGACCAUUGUCCCGAGUCAAGGUCAGAAAAUCAAGUUCUGA